AUGGGAAAGAGAAAGGCUUCUGUCGACCAUUCAUCAUCUUCUCGCCAUGUCAAGGUUGAAAUAGUAGAAAAACAGCUCGAUGUUGAGACACCUUAUUUAGCUACAUUUCCCGGCACAAAGCCAUCUUCUGACAUGAGCUUCACUGCUUAUAAAAACGGCGAUGUCAACCCUUCUUCCAAAAAGGCAUAUCAACGUAUCGUUUCAGGCGAAACAGAUAAAGUCAGCUUCAAGGCAUCCAACUUUGGUGCUGAUGCUGUACGCAAUGUUCAGUGCAAAUAUAUUGUCGGUGUCUACUCUAAAAAGAGCAACACAUUGAAUAUCGCCAAUGCACCUAUUAUGAAAAUGUCACGAACCGUCAAGGCAUUGAGCUCUGAUAUGACAGCCAACAACACCAUCGCCAGAGGACAAAUCGCUCGUGCUGCACUUGGUUUAGCAUUUGGUACCGCCAAGGCUAAAUCUCAAUUGAAGAGUGAUGAACGUAACUUGGUUACCGGUGAUGAUUUGAUGGAGGAGAUGAAUACUUUACAUUCUGAAAUUGGUAAAGCAACUGCCAACAUACCAAAGAAGAGCGAGAUGAAGAAAUCAAUGGAGUUAUCUUUACCUGUACCUGAUCACAACAUGGAUGCCGAAUCUCCUGACGAUGUGUACGAUAUCUCAUCCAUUGUCACUGAUGAAGAGCUUCAAACUUUGAACUAUAAGGAAUUGUUGAAGGAAACAUCUUUGGAGGGUGUCAAGAGCUUGUUGGCUUACCAUGAUUCCAAGUUUGUCAAUGAUCGCCUUAUGUCGAUUUUAGGUUCUUCUGGAAAGAAGGAUCGUAAAAGAGUCCGUACUCUCAUGUAUAUCAACUUACUCAUGGCUUACUAUGCUCGUGUUCGCCCCAGUGAUUUGAAAAAUCGUAGAAAGGUGGAAGCGGCUUUGAAGACCCCCUCACCCUUGGUUCUCGAUAAACUCGCUGAUAGAUACACCGAAGCCAACUUCCGUACGCCUAUGAUGGCUGAUAAAAUUCUCUUAUACAUGUUUACCCUCAUUCUCUCAAUUUCUGGAUACAGCGUACUCAUUGACGAUAUUGGCAAGGAUCUCUUACUCAAACCCGCAAAGGUUGCAUCACUAUUCAGAAGUUUAGGGUGUAAGGUGGAUAAGGCUAGUGCAGAGGAAUGUCGUGAAACUGGCAACAAACAAGCCAAGAAGGCAACUUUAGUUGUGCCUUUGAAGUUUCCCGAAGUCAGAACUGGUGUUAGCCGUCGUUAA